CAAUUGUCUCUCUCCUUCAAACAACCUUACUCUUUACGGCGACAGGUUCGAUUUCGCCCCGAACCAGACACAGUUGUGCUGUUCUUCGAUUGUGACACGUCGUCGCUGCCGGAUAAUAUGAGAGAGAACAGGGUGGGAUGUUCGGAAGGGAACAGAACAAGGUCGGUGUUGGGUUUGGCGGUGGACGAUGAUCAGGAAAAGUUGAAGUAUGCGAAGGAUAAUUGCAGACACGGCAAUGUAAAGACGACGGUGGUGGAAAAUGUGGAAGGAGGGAUCGGAGAGGCGUUGGGAAGAGGGUUCGUGUUGACGUUAGCGAACUGGACGGUGAAUAAGUGCGACGCAUGCCUGAGAAGUGGAGGGAGGUGUGGCUUCGAAUUUAAUGAUUAUGGCUUCAGGUGCCAUUGCCCGGACGGCGAUAAUUAUCUGAUGUGUCAUUCUGGUCUCUCUCUCUCUCUCUCUCUCUCUCUCUCUCAGAGUCAAUCAGUCAGUCUUCUUUCACUGCUAUUUCUUUGGAUACUAAUUUCGCAUGGUAGUUUCUUCUACUAGAUUGAACGUGUAUUUCUCUUCUUCUGUUUGUUUAUUUAAUCGUGUGUAAAAGUUAAUAACAGUACACUAAAAGAAAUAAGUCA